ACUCCCUUUACUCACUCCCUCGAGUCGCAUUCCUCUGAUACGCAUCGGGAGCAGCCGCUCACAUACCUGUCAUAUUCCUCACCAACACUGCACUUCCGUGAGUCAUACUAGUCUUCUGACCGAAAAUAAUGCGGACGCACGAAUAUCUGCGUUUGUGGACUUUUUGAUGAAGACAAAAAGUUUUCGGGACAACUCCAGUUCACCUGAGCAAAAGAUGGCUCGUGUUUCCCACCGAGAGUCACAGACCGUGUAAGCUCCCGGAACAGGUGUGACAACGAAUGAAGGGAAGAUGGGGGGCUGCUGGAGAUGGUGCUACCAAACCUGCACCUGCUGUCUGAGCGAGGACGAACGGAAAUCAGUCGCUAUAGACAAGGAAAUUCAGAGAAUUCUCGCUGAACAGAAGAAAAAAGAGCGCAGAGAAAUAAAAGUGCUCCUACUGGGCACGGGAGAGAGUGGGAAAACUACAUUUAUCAAGCAGAUGAGGAUCAUCCAUGGGAAGGGAUACUCUGAGGAAGACAGACGCACCUUUGCCAAAAUGGUUUUCCAGAACAUCUUCACAGCAGUUAAGACCAUGACAGUGGCUAUGUCAGCUCUCAGGAUUCCCUACACAAACCAACAGAACGAGGCAUAUGCUCGACGGAUUCAAGCUGUAAAUAUCCAUCAGGUGACCCAAUUGGAGCGAAGUUAUGUGGAUGCUAUUCAGUGUUUGUGGGCAGACACGGGACUUAAAGUCUGCUACAGUCGUCGGCGAGAGUACCAACUAUUGGACUCCACUGAAUACUUCAUGAUGAACCUGGAGCGCAUCGCCGCCCAUGACUACAUCCCCACUGCUCAGGAUGUGCUGCGGGUGCGUUUUCCAACCACUGGCAUCAACGACUACUCCUUCGUAGUGGAGAAGAUCACACUCAGGAUUGUGGAUGUUGGGGGGCAGAAAUCAGAGAGGAGGAAAUGGAUCCACUGCUUCGAGAAUGUGACGUCGCUCAUCUUCUUGGCUUCGCUUAGCGAGUACGAUCAGGUCCUGGAGGAGAACAACACAGAUAACCGUAUGGAGGAGAGUCUGACGCUUUUCUACACUACCAUCCACUCACCCUGGUUCGCCAAUUCCUCCAUCAUCCUCUUUCUCAAUAAAAUGGACAUCCUAGCUGAGAAGAUCAAAAUGUCCGACCUGCAGAACUACUUCCCCAGGUUCCAAGGCAAGAAACGGGACCCUGAAGCAGCCAUGGAGUUCAUCCGUGAGAUGUACAAGCAGCAGGCGCAGAGCCCCGAGAAGAAUGAAAACAAGACAAUUUACCCACACUUCACCUGUGCCACUGACACCAACAACAUACGCAUGGUGUUCAAGGAUGUGAAAGACACAGUGCUAAUCAAGUCUCUGCAGGAAUAUGGUGUGCUGUGACCAGGCCAUGUCAUGACUGCUUCUGAAUAUUGUGGAUAAAACAACCUCCCCCUUCACAUUUUUCCAGUGUCAUUUGUCUAAUUGUUUUGGGUGGUAAACAUGUUACAGACGUCUCCAGACGUUGCAAUAAUGGAAUGGGCCAAAGCUUGGCUGAAGAAGUCAUUAUGGUUUCUCAGCCAUGCAACAAUGAGGACAGAUAUUGUGGGGUUUUUCUCUUUCUGUGUGUAUGCAAGACAACAAUUCUGUGGUGAAAAUGAAAAUGUUCUGCACUUCGCAUUCGACUGCUGCAGUGCCUUCUGGACAGACUACAUUUCACUGUACACACAAAGUGACCUACGUGGAUCGAGAGAAAUCCGAUUUUUCUGUCUGAGAACAUUAGAACGAAUGGAACUUUUUUUUAGAAAGUCCAUAUUCACCUUUCUCAAAAGGAUGCUAUAUGUUUGAUCAACUUUAUUUCUGGGGUUACGUGAUUUGUUGGUGUUACGAUUUUAACGGAAUACAUUGUAAACUUUUACAUGGACAGCAGUAAUCUAAUUAUUGACCUUAUUCUGAAGAUAAUAUUGUGAUUAAGGUGUUUACAUGAGUCGUUUUUAGAAUAUUCCUUUCAUGUUCCUGUUUAACAUGUUAUAGAACAUAGAUCGAUUAAUAACGACACACGUCAUUACGUCCCCACGCCACUCCCUCCAGAAUUUCACGUAUCAACAUACAGUUGGUCUUCGUUAUGGUACCGUAUACAGUUUCGGGUGUUUCAUUUUUAAUUUUUACGAAAGCUUCAAGUGCAGUUAAUUAUUUGUCAUGCUAUACGUGGAAAUAGACGACUGCUUGAAGCCGUGGGCUGCGUCCAAAACCACGUACUUGCAUACUAUAUAGUAGCUGAAAUACAUGCAUGUGGCCUACUAUAUAGUCGGUAAGUACGCGGUUUCGGAAGCAGCCGUACUCUCUUGUUAGCCGCUGGUUGAGCACCUGCUGUGUGUGUACGUGUCCUGUCGGAAAAUGCGGUGAAAACUCCCACGCGACGUUAAUAGUGUGAUUAAGGUGUGUACAUGUUGAUAAUGCGACUAAAACAGGAAUACUCCACAUGUCUUAACUUGAUUUGUGUUUACUUCGAGUAUGACUUUAGUCGGAAUAAGGUAAUGAAAAAUAGCUGUUUACAUGGUAGUUUCUUAAUCAGAGUAUCGUCUUAAUCUGGUUAUUAUCGGAUUAUUGUUGUCCAUGUAAACGUACUGAUUGUUUGACUGUUCAGUAUCUUUACAGUCAAGGAAAUAAGGCUGCAGGCUGUAAGGGCUCCAUUUCUUCCUCUGGGACUAGGUUUUAUGUCCUUUUUUCUUUUUUCUUUUCCUUUUUAAAAAAAAUAAUUUUCAUACGUUUAUUUUAGUCUGUAUUUUAUUUGCUCAAUAUACUCUUUUUAACGAGAAUAUAGUUGCUCUCUGUAUAAUUGAUAUUUAUCGUAUGGUUAUAAAUAUAGGUGCUGAUAAUCAUUUGUAACAUGUAGGGUGAGCAGAAUUUGUAUUUUUAAGCAACCGAACAUAAAAUUUCUCAAAGAAAUGAAGGACAAUCUGAUGCGCUCACCUUUUGACCUACAAAUGAUUUGUCCAUUACAUUGGGAAUAAAUGUUUAACUGUUUUUCUAUAUUAUAAAGGAAUUAAAUAGUUAUUUCUAGUAAUAGUAUGUUCAUUGAGUUAAGCUCAUUGAACAUACACUCACCAAGUGAGCCUUUGCCCAUGAUAGCCUCAGAUUGCUGUUCUUGGCUGACAGGAGUCAGCUGAUGAAUGAACCUGAACCUGAUGUGAUCUUCUGCUGUUGUAGCCCAUCCACCUCAAUAUUCAAUGUUUUGUGCAUGCUGAGAUGCUUUUCUGUUCACCACAAUUGUAAAGUGCUUAUUUGAGUUACUAUAUCCAGUUCAAAUCAAUCUGGCCAUUUUCCUCUGACCUCUUUCCUCAACAAGAUGUUUCCACCCACAGAACUGUCACUCACUCAAAUGAUUUUUGUUUUUCACACCAUUCUGUGUAAACUCUAGAGACUGUUGUGUGUGAAAUUCAAAGGAAAUCAGCAGUUUAUAAAAUACUCAAACCAGCACAUCUGGUACCAACCACCAUGCCAUGAUCAGAGUCACGGAGAUCACACUUUUUCUUCAUUCUGAUGUUUGAUGUGUAUAUUACCUGAGGCACUUGACCUGUAUCUGCAUGAUUUUUUACAUUGUGCUCUAGUUUUUCAUUGUGCUCUAGAAAUGCAUUCAUGCGAUCAUCUUCAGCUCAACGUUAUUUUGGUCAUGGUUGUGGUGGAGCUGGAGCUUGUCCCAGGAAAACUGGGCAUGAGUCAGGAAUACAUCCUGGAUGAGACACCAUCACAGGACACUAUGCACACACUAAUUAACACCUAUGGGUAAAUUAGCAAAGACAGUUCACAUACAGGGAUAACAUGUACAGAAAUGCCACACAGAUAGGAACCCAUGGUCUGGAUGGAGCCGGGGACCCUCACGCUGUGAGGAGGCAAUGCUGCCAACUGCACCACCUUUAUUUAUAUAAUUUAUCAAACAAAUUAUAAUUCACUUAACAUGUAAUUAUAUAUCAGCAUGGUAAUUAUCCAUCCUGCACACAAACUAAGCCAUCUGUCUGCAAUGAUCAACAAUAUUUUAUGAUUAAUGGGCUAUUUGUUUUCAUAGUGCAUGAUUUAUGCGGGAAAAGGGAAACUAACUAAAGGCUUCUUAAUUGAUAUGACAGUGAAAAAUACGCAAAAAAUAAGGCAUGUGCUGCUUCACUGUAAUAAAUCUGUAUUAUCUGUUUUAUUAAAUACACAGUGGUGUACAAAUGACCCAUACAAUAUUACCCUAUUCCUAUAGGGGAUUAUAUUUGUCCCUUGAACACCCACUUUCUUUUGUGUCGAAAAUGUUGUAGAUUUCCCCCAAGAGUAGAGGUUUUACUGUGAGUUAGCAGUUGCUGGUUUACCUCUAACUAGUUAGUGGCCAGUUCAUUUAAACUGGAAUUGUUGGCCACUUUGAUUUGAAAUAAUAAAUACCACCUCCCACUCCCCCAAACACUCAGCCUUUUCAAUUCUGCUGUGCAUUAUAGAAGAUGUUUCCAUAUGCAGACCAGUGGCCACAUUUUUCAGUACAUGUAUAGUAACAAGUAUUUAUUGCAUAACACAUCGGCGUUUCAAUAUGUCAGCAUACAGAAAUUUCACUAUUGCAUGACUGCUAGAGUGCGUAUCAGUUAAUAUCACAUGAGAGCAG